AUGGCACUAUCCAAACUAAGCCUGCCUGGUAUUCCACAGCAUUUUCUAGAAUGUGGAAUUGAAGAUUGUGAGAGAAACUGUCAAUAUUACUGCAAUCAUUGCCACUUGAAAUUGUGCGAACAAUGCAGAAAUGAACAUCUUGAAAGUACAGAAAACGAUGACCAUGAAGUGGUCCUUUACCACCAGCGCAAGCGACAACUACCCAUAGAAAAAUGCAAAAGUCACAAAACUAAGGAUGUUGAUUUGCUUUGUAAAGAAUGUCAGGUUCCACUUUGUUCUAAAUGCACCACACUGAGGGAUCAUCAGGGGCAUACAUUUCUUGAUCUAGAGACAAUUUAUGCAGAAAAAUUUUCAAUUUCCCAAGAGGAGGUAAACAAAAUCCAGGAAUAUUUUCUUCCUACUUCAAAGGAUUUAAAGAAAGAAAUUAAAGAAAACGCCACAAAAAUCAAGAAGGUAAUGGACAACAUAAGAACCUCCAUGAGGGCUGAAGCUGAGUCCCUUAAAAGUCUGGUGGAUAAAGUGCAUACAGAGAAACUGGAACAGCUUGACCAGAUGGAACACUCACUGCUAAAAGAUUUAUAUUACCAAGAUAAGGCAUUCAGUGAUUACAUCAACUAUCUCCAAGAUCUUGUCAAAGAGUUCCAUGACCACCUGUCCUCUACAAAAAUUCAGGAAUUAAUUUCCUUAACUUCUGAGACAUUAAAAAUUCAACCUAUACCAGAGAAAACAAAUCCAGUCACACCAGAAUUCAUUGCUGGGCAAUUCAGCAAAGAUGACAUCACAAAAUUACUUGGCAGAAUAAAUGUUCCCAAUGUAAAGAGAGAAGGCAGGAAAAUACAGAAAAUGAAUUCCUCAACAAUAAACAAAUAUUCAAGAGAACAUAUAAAACAAAUUGCACAGAAAUCUAACGUGAAUCAAACACUGUCUCUAUCUUCCUCUGUCACUGAGGUAAGGGAGUUCACUGUACCAGGAGUUGACCAUGUAGGUCAUAUGUCACUAGAUCAGUCAGACAGACUCUGGGUCAGUGCCUUAAGUGGAAAUCUUCUUCAAACAGAUCUACAGGGGAAUGAGCUACAGAGGAUACAAACCUUUAGCGGACGUGGUUAUUACACAGUGACACAAGAUGGGGAUCUGAUCUUAACAGACGAAUACAAGAAAGUCAUCAAUAGGGUUACACUGGAUAACAAUAUCACUGAAUUCAUUAAAACAGGAGACUGGGAUCCAAUUAGCAUACACUCCUCCCACAUCAAUGGGGACUUACUGGUGGGGCUGGUGACAGAAAGAGAGGCUAAAGUCGCCAGGUACAACAAGAGAGGGAAAGAACUACAGAACAUACAGAGAUAUAACAAUAAAGAGAGACUGUAUAGUCCAUGCUACAUAACAGAAAACAUUAAUGGAGAUAUCUGUAUAUCAGACGUUGUUAAAAAGGCAGUAGUGGUGGUGAAUAAAUCAGGAAAACACAGAUUCUCCUACAAAGGUCAGGGGGUAGGGUUCUCUUUGUGGGGAAUCUGUACUGAUGUCCUUGGUCACAUACUUGUGUGUGACGGUUACAAUGUUCACCUCCUUGAUCAGGAUGGUCAGUUUUUGUCUCUACUUCUCACAUCAAAACAAGCACCUGGCCCCAUUAGUGUAUGUGUGGAUAUUGAAAAGAAUCUUUUUGUGGGACAAAGAAUUAAAAACAGAGUUAAAGUAUUCAAGUAUCUCCACUAA